CUGGGCAUGAAUACAUUUAAGGACAGUAUGUCUGACAACAAACAAAAUAAGAGGAGAAGCAAAAAAGGUUGUGGAAGUGUUCUUGCUUUUCAGAAUGCAGACAACAUAAUGGAAGAAAUGCAUCAGUCAGAAAAAGCUCUGGGGAAAACCAGCCAAAUUGCACCAACAUCCAGAGCGUGGCCAGACCAACAAGUGGCAUGUUUUCCAAGUAGAAAUCAGACAGCAUUACCCAAGAGACAUCACGCUUCUUUACCUUUCUCCUCAAAGAAAGAGGACAUGAGAUGUGGCUUUGACUUCAGCUUUCUGCUACAGACCUCAUGCCCAGAAUCUAACGUUUCAACAGCAUUUGUGGAUUUUGAUACUUUCCAGAUAAUAAAAGCACAAAUACAACAAGGGUUAUCUGUAAAAAUGCUAAAAACCAGGAACAAGAAAUCUGAGUUUCAUUUGCCACCAGUGACAUGUCAGUCUGUAAGAACAAUUCAUCUUGCUCCUCUAAAGGAUGAUAUUGUCAUUGAAAGCAGAAACAUAAAACAUAUUUUAAAUAUUAUGAACACUAUUCCUCAGCCUAUAAAACCAGUUAUUAAAUUUUAUCAGUAUCAGUUAGACAACUUCUUAAAUAGGCACAGUGAAAAGUCAUCAGAAUUGAUCAUGGCCACAAUUUCUGAUAAGUUCACUCCCGUGAAGCACCUGUACUACUUCAGCAUUAAUAACUGUGAUAAGUACCUCAAUAACAAGAAGGAAGAAAUCCAAAGCCAUUUCAAACGGAGGGAAGCUGAUGUAGCAAUCCACACUGAGAAGAAGAGCCAGGUGAAAUUCCAGUGUUCAGUGCUUUGUGAGAACAUCAGUCUUCUGACCCAAGCCAGGUUCUGGGAUCAGAGUCAUCCCCACUUGAGCUCCAGCAGUGCUCUGGUGAACCGUGGCAUGUUUACAGCCCAGACAGCAUUUACAGUGUCCAGCAACAGCAAUGCCUCAAGAGCUGGCAGUAAGCAAAACAGAGCAGAGAAUUGCUGUAGCACUGAUCUGGAAGAAGAAAAUGCUGCAGAAAUGAUGCUGGAUUUUAAACCACAGGGAGAUGCUGAGAGUGCCAACCUUGUGCUUUACAAUCAGGAUUUAGAUUCUUCCUGUAAAAAUGAAGUGAUAAAGGCCUACCAAGCCUUGGAAGAUAAUUCUGUAGUUGCAGUAAUUCCCAGAGUAGAAGUUCAAGAUCGCUCUGGAAAACAGUCAGAAAAUCAAGUAUGUCUCUCUGAAUCUGAAAUAGAAAAAGAAGCUAUGUCAGAAGGAACUUCAGAGGACCAAUACGAGCUUGUAGCUGUUGCUCAUGUUAUGCUCUCUGAACAAGAGCCAGCCAGGGAACCACACACUGCUGAACAACCUACCACAAAAAAGGGUGGUCUCUGUACCCUGCCUCAUGUUCCUCAGAGCCUCAGUGUUCUUGCUCACAAAGAAAAUGGCAAUAAUAAAAUAAAGAUGAAUAGAAAUAAAUAUUCAUCAAAAUCUAAAAUUAAUAAUAAGAUAAAAGUAUCUGAAGACUUAAUUGCUUCUGAUGAGGUUAUCAGAAAAUCAAAUGCCAAGAGUCAGAUUUUUCCAUCUUUGGAACUGACACAAGUGAAAUCUGAGACUUCCAUGAAGCGUCAGAAAAAAAACACUCAAGGACACAAAGGCCACGUUGCUCAGAGUGCUCAGAAAAUCAAAAAGCAAAGUUGUUCCUGCAGCUGCAAAAAUUCAGCUGUCUUAAAGAAACAUGUUACUCCACUUUGUCUGCCAUGUGCACCCUCUGCUUCAGAUUUUGUAGACCUGAAAUACACUGACAUGUUCAAAAUAAUAAAUUCAGAUGACCAAGGCCCAGGUAUUUAUGAAAUGUUUGGAACUCCUGUCUAUUCCCGCAUGAAAGACCUCGAUCAGCACAAGGGCAGGUUUUAUGAAGGUGUUUAUUCUCUUCCACCAGAAAGAUGCACCUGCAGAUCUACCUGCAGUAAAGGAGGAGAAAGCAGCAAAGUCAGAAACACUCAAAAGAAAACACAUUCCAAGCCAAAGAAGACCAUACCUGGUGCUAAACAAAAGCAGAAAGGUUUGAUCACAAAGGAUAGAAGGACCAAGUUGAGAGACAGCAACACAGACCAAGAUAAUGCAACAACUUCUGACUUGGAUUUUCAAACACACACCUUGAGUAGCACAACGUUGUUCCAUGGAGACAUGGAUCAUCAGCUCACAUUUUUGGAAGAGCUUUCACAGUCAACUAAGCAAAAUGAAAUGUUUACAAAUUCAAACCUCUCAACUAUUAAAGAAGUUUCUUUGGAGCAGUCAUUAGACAGCCAGGAUAAAUCCAGCCAUCAGAGAGCUGCUGCCUGCAGCCAGGAUCUCCUUCAGUUCAGUGAUCAAGGCUGCAGAGAAUGUGUUGCUCCAAGUGGCAGUCUGGUAACAGCAGAGCAGAACCACUGUGUGCCCCAGUGCAGGGGGGAUAUGGAUGGUGGCAAAGGCUGGGAAUCACACCAGGACUCCAAGUCUGUCAGUAAAAGUGAGCUGACCUUUUCAGAUAGACUGGGAUGUCAGUCCCCUACAAAAAUAUUAGAUCACAGUUGUGCAAACACACCUCAAAACAGUGGUUUGGCAAAUGAAUUGACUCAGGCUUCAGUGAUUUGGACAAAAAAUACCAAAAGCCCCAGUUCCCAGACAAGUCAAAACAUUUCUUCUUGGUCAGAUACUAAGGAUGUGACUGAUGAGUUGCUUUGUUGUCUGGCCAAAGAAUUGCUAAUGCUUGAAGAAAAAGACACCAACUCUUCAAGAACAAAAAAUACGUGUUCUAAAAUACAGAACACACAGAGUGAAGAGGAGGAGAACAUGAUGAAUGGAGCUGGAGCAGUAAUAAAUAGUGCUCUAGAGAAGCAGAAUUACUUUUUGGCUUCAAAUGAAGAAAAGGGCCUUCUAAAUUUUGAUGAAUCUACUAAAUUACCAAGAAGCAGUUUAACAACCAAAGAUCCUAUCAUGUGGACAAGAGGAGAAGUCCUUGGAAAGGGAGCCUAUGGCACGGUGUACUGUGGUCUGACAAGCCAGGGACAGUUAAUAGCUGUAAAACAGGUGGUUUUGGAUACAUCAGAUCAACUCACUACAGAAAAGGAGUAUCAGAAGUUCCAUGAGGAAGUUGAUCUUUUGAAGACAUUGAAGCAUGUAAAUAUUGUAACUUAUUUAGGAACUUGCCUGGAAGCCAACAUUUUAAGCAUAUUCAUGGAGUUUGUUCCCGGUGGCUCCAUUUCCAGUAUUCUGCAUCGCUUCGGCCCGUUGCCAGAAGUUGUCCUGUGUAAAUACACCAAGCAAAUUCUACAAGGGGUUGCAUAUUUACACGACAACUGCGUGGUCCACAGAGACAUCAAAGGCAACAACGUGAUGCUCAUGCCCACCGGGGUAAUCAAGCUGAUCGACUUUGGCUGCGCCAGGCGCCUGGCCUGGGCCAGCCUCAGCGGCACCCGCGGCGAGCUGCUGCGCUCUGUGCACGGCACUCCCUACUGGAUGGCUCCAGAGGUGAUCAAUGACUCUGGCUACGGCAGGAAAUCUGACAUCUGGAGCGUGGGCUGCACCGUGUUCGAGAUGGCAACAGGCAAACCCCCUCUGGCUUCCAUGGACAGGGUGGCAGCCAUGUUCUACAUCGGCGCCCACCGGGGGCUGAUGCCGGCCCUGCCCGAUCGCUUCUCCAGCGCCGCCGUGGAGUUUGUGCACGCCUGCUUAACCAGAGAUCAACACGAACGGCCUUCUGCUCUGCAGCUGCUGGACCAUCCCUUUGUGAAAGGAGGACUGUGAAUUUUUCAAAGCUCUUGCCAAGUGAGCAUGUAUUUUCCAUGGAAAAGAUUUUCACUUGUGGAAAAAAGACCAGAAGGAACUGGACUUUAACGUGGCAGCAGAAAUACUGGAGAGCAGUCGUGUUCAAGGAGUCUGUUCUAGCAGCAGUGAUUAAAGAGUACCUGUUCUGCAAUGCCUGUCCUUCACUGUGAACGCAAGGCCACGUUGUGUUGUAUUUGGAGAGACUUAAAGGGAAAAUAAAGUCACCAUCAGUGGCAUGCAACAGGCCAGGUAAGCUGGAGUGUCUGUAAAAUCCUAUGGAACAAGCUAUGGGCAGAGAGCUCUGCAGCUCGGAGAUGAGUAAUGAGUGUGAGGAUCCCACAGGAACCUCAGACCAUCUACUGGCAUAAAAUGUACUGAGGCCUUUAUUCAGUCACGUGGGCCCUUUUCUUUACCUCGAUAGGCACUUCAAUUUUUAGCUGGUGAAUAAGUGUUUUAUGUACAUAGGUCAGCCCUGUAUCUCCACAGGAUACUGUGGUGAUAGUGACAGGAGAUAAUGAUCUAAGCCAGGGGACUGCCUGUUUUAAAUGAAAUAGUGCAUUUUGUGGGCUCUUUCAGGUCCCAGAAGGCUGGGGUUGGAAGGGGCUCUGGAGAUGUUCUGGUCCAGCCCACUGCUCAGAGCAGGGCUGACUGCAGCAGGUGGCUCAGGCCCUUGUCCCAUUGGCUUUGAGUGUGAUUAUGGAUGGAGACUCCACAGCCACUCCAGGCAACAUGCUCCAGUCUUUAACCCCCUCAUGGUAAAAGGGAUUUUAUCUUUGAAGACUGUCUUACAGGUCAAGUUGUCCCGUUGUCCCUUGUCCUGUCACUGCUAGCACUGCAGAGUCUGGCUCUGUCUUCCUUACCCUCCCCAUGGGGUGCUGAGUCUCACUGAAAACCUGAAGUGUUUCUCUGACCACUGGAGUGAGCACUGUCUGUGACUGGGUGACAGAACACAGCCCUUUGCACUCCAGUGGUCUUUACACUCAGUAGAACUAGCUACUACUAACUGCACAAAAUUAAAUAACAUCUAAAAAGCAUUGUUAAGUAUUAAUAAAGCAAAAAAAAGAGCAGGUAUUGUAAUUUAGAAUGUCCUUUUGUUGAUAAGGCUUCUUCCUAUCAAAAUGGGGUAAAUCUUUAGCCUUUGUAAGCACCCAGGCUCCAGGAAGAGAGGCAGUAACACUCAGCCCUACAACUGUUCAGAGCUGAGCUCUCAAGAAUCCAAGACACUGACCUCAGUGUCAGCUCCGAUGUAAUGUGAACAUGACAAAACCAACUCUCCUCAGAGUGCUAAACAUCUUAGCUACUUAAAUAGCUUUCAAACUUCAUUUUAUUCCAGUAGUCAGUCUCCUGACUUCAGAGAGUUAAGUCUAAACUUUAUAAAAGCAAAGAGAAAUCAGUACUUCUAGCAAAAUUCUUUAUUAAUAGUUUCUGUAGGUAUAAUGUCACAUAACAAUGACAGAACAUUAUGCCAGUAUAAGAGAAAUCCUAACAUCACAGUAAUCUUCAAAGUUCAAGCAGUUAACAGUCCUUUUUUGAGGAGUAUCGAUUGGUGCUCAUGCCAGACAUCCAUGGCAACAUCAUGUUAAAGUAUCUUCACGUUAAAGUACCUUCAAUAAAGGCAGGAGCCCUGGGCAUGUGAGCUCUAGUGGGAUGUACAUAAUUCCAUGAUGUACUAAUUCUUCUCAGAUUAAGGUAGAGUCUUCAACAAAGCUGCAAAGUAAAUAUGAGGGUUUAUUUAGCAUGAAAUGAAACUGAGAUGAGAGUCAUAUGCAAGGAAAGAAUGGGAAUGCUCUAGAAUUACAAUUAAUUAAAAAAAGGUCAGCAUUACAAACCCCCCUUCUUAUGCACAGCUUACAAGCAAAACUAACAUCUUUUGUUAGAGUUUUCCAAUAUUAAGGUAACCAGUAAUUUGCAAUUUGUCAUGCUAAAUCCAGUUAAUUACACUCAAAAUCAUCACUGAAAGUCAUUAGAGGUUUGUAAAACUUGAACCUGAGUUUUUAAUCAAAAUUUGAAAGCACAUUUUUGUUUUUGCUUAUCCAGACUUCAAGAAUGAAGUGUCAGUUUAAGGCCAGCACUUGCAACAAAGGUAUUUCAGUUUAUUCAGAGCUGUGCUUGCAGCAGAGCUCAGGGCCCAGCACAGCUCAACCAAGCCCUGUUAAUCUGGGGAGCCUUGGGCUGGUCUGGUGCAGCAGCUAGAAACAGGUCUAAUGUUGCAUAUAUCUUACUUGAGGAGAUCAGAGAUUUCCACACCAGAAUCCAGGUCCCUAAUUCCAGGUAUCCAAUGUAACAAGGGGAAAGGGUGUGAAAUCCUGAAAACUGAUUUUCAUGAGACUGAGCUACUCAGUGAGCAGGGUCACACUUGGCUUCAUUAUUUAUUGUGUUGGAGUAGGGCAGGCUUUGCUGGUUCAAAGGCUACAGCCUUCCUUCCUGAACCCAGUAAGGACCCAGUACAGUGCAUGCAGCCUGCCGAGCCCUUGCUGUGACUGCAGGCUUCCUCAAGCUUUGGAGCUCAACUCUCAGCAGCUGCAGCCAGCCCCGUGCCCGUGUGACUGCAGGGGCAGCCAGUGCUUCCCUCACAGCGUCACGGCAGCCACGGCUCGUCUCAGAAGGGCGGGGCCAGGCAGGCCGACCCAGCUCUGUCACACCGCGCUUGGAACUACCACCAGCAGCGGGAUGGAAAAAUUGCAUCUAAAAAUGCACAUAUCUGCCUCUCCUUCCAAGCAAGCAGAGCCCGGUCCUCAAAAAUACAAGAGUCUCUUGAGAUUAUUUGGGUUCAAAUUUAGUGCUGUUCCACAAAGCUCAGUGGGAACUGAUGCAAUGUCUACACUGCUCCUAUCAAACCCCCUGGCUCUUGCACACAGGCAAAGAACCAGAGUUCUCCCAAGGAAGAGCUCCCAGGACACACUCCAGUGCCUUCCCUCUCCUAUUUCUCCCUUCCCACAGGGACCUGCACCACGGGACAGCUAAGAAAUUUUAGAGGUUUGUCAAAGAACACAAUGUCUGAACUGGCAACACCAAUGCUGCUGUUACAAGCGCA